UUUUUUCUUCUUGCAGUAUGGGUGGGCCACGUUUAGAAGUUGUGAAGUUUGGCUUCUAUGUCUUUUUUCCUGUGGGUGUGAUGCUUUAUUUUGGUGGACCUGAUUUCUAUGAUACUUAUGUCAAGGGCAUUAAAUUCUGGCCUGAUGUUGAUACAUCUUAUAGACCUCCCUCCACAUCAGAAGAAGUGCGUAGUGCUCUAGAUAAAAUGAAGGCAGACAGAGAAGAGCGUUGGAGAAAAGCAUUACAAGAAAAGAAGACACAGGCAACAUCAGCCAAUAAUAACAAUUCAGAACAAUAAACGAU